CCCGGGCCGUGCAAAAAGAACCCACAAAAAAAGAUGAACCCGCACAUCUCUGUCCCCCGCCAACAUGCCGGUCCCGCCAAUUUCGGGUCUACGCCCAGCCGCGGAUCCAACGUGCGCAUGCCGCGCUUCUUCAAGAGGGUCGUGCCGCACUUCAAUCCCAACUACUCAAUUCCAUUCCAUCAACGCUGUCCCUCGUUUCGCUCCAAUAACGCACCCUUCUCUUCCCAUCCUAAUACUAACACAAACUAUCCAGAAACAAAAAACACAUGGCACCGCCCCGACCCAUCCUUCACCUACCUCCUCUCCUUCUUCCUCCUCGUCACAGCCCUCGCCUGGGGGCUAGCAUACUACCCCUCCUUCGGCGGGAUCAUGCACCUCUCGUUCUCCUUCAUCUUCGUCCACUUCAUCGGCUCCUCCCUCCUAAUCUCCACAAUCGGCUACUUCUCCAUCGGCCGACUCUUCGGCCCCAACGGCGCCGCCGCCUCUCUAACCGGUCUCCGCGGCUCUCGCGCCCGCCGCCGCGGCGCAGCACAGGGUCUCUUCGUGCAACCGGGUGAAAAGGACCAACUCGAAUUCGGAUACUGCUUCGACGUCUCGAAUCGGGCCUUUUUCCCACUGUAUUUGCAUCUGUACGUAGUGCAGUUUUUGCUCUUGCCGUUGUUGACGCGCUCGCCGAGUAACUUCCUCGCGACUUUCUUGGGGAAUUCGCUUUAUUUGUCUGCCUUGGUUUAUUACACGUACAUUACCUUUUUGGGAUAUAAUGCGCUGCCCUUUUUGCAUAAUACGGAGCUUUUGUUGGUGCCUAUUUUGGUGUUUGCCGUUUUGUGGUUGGUCUCUUUGAUUACUGGAUGGGGGAUUGUGAUGGAGGGAAGGUUUGUGGAGGGUUUGUUUUGGGGGAUUCCAGACAAGCAGGGCUAA